CGGUGGCGGCCCAAGAUGGCGGAGCUGCAGCUGGACCCGGCGAUGGCGGGGCUGGGAGGGGGUGGCGGGAGUGGGGUGGGCGACGGGGGCGGCCCGGGCCGCGGGCCCCCCAGCCCACGCCCGGCUGGGCCCAUGCCCCGCGGACACGGCCGCCAGUCCGCCGCCGUCGCGCAGCCGCUGGAUCCGGGUCCCGGACCACCCGAGCGGGCAGGGGGCGGCGGCGCGGCCCGCUGGGUCCGGCUGAACGUAGGCGGCACCUACUUCGUGACCACCAGACAGACCCUAGGCCGGGAGCCCAAGUCUUUCCUCUGCCGCCUCUGCUGCCAGGAGGACCCGGAGCUGGACUCAGACAAGGAUGAGACAGGGGCGUAUCUGAUUGACAGGGACCCCACCUACUUUGGUCCUAUCCUAAACUACCUCCGCCAUGGGAAGCUCAUCAUUACUAAGGAGUUGGCAGAAGAAGGUGUACUGGAAGAAGCCGAGUUUUACAACAUCGCGUCUCUCGUGCGGCUGGUUAAGGAAAGGAUACGGGACAAUGAGAACAGAACUUCACAAGGCCCCGUGAAGCACGUGUACAGAGUCCUGCAGUGUCAGGAGGAAGAGCUCACACAGAUGGUCUCUACUAUGUCUGACGGUUGGAAAUUCGAACAGCUGAUCAGCAUCGGAUCUUCCUAUAACUAUGGAAAUGAGGAUCAGGCGGAGUUCCUCUGUGUCGUCUCCAGAGAACUAAAUAAUUCUACCAAUGGCAUCGUCAUAGAGCCGAGUGAAAAGGCAAAGAUUCUUCAGGAGAGAGGAUCACGGAUGUAAACUGAGCAUCUGAGACGCCGGAAUCCUAAAUGUCAAGAGAGCAAUCCCGCAGAGCACCUCUGUGAAGUUCAAUCUCGCUCCUGUACAGUAAUCACGCUACUGCGAAGCAGAGCUGAGCCCGGCCCCCGAGUGGAGACAUGUUCUGGUCAAAACCAAAGGAAUCCCACCCCCACCCACAGGACUCCGAAGACAGAUGCAACUUCUGGCUGCAGAGUACUGUUUCAGAAACUUGCUUUUGUUUCCUUAGCCAGUAUUGUAACAGACCUUUGCAACAGCCGCUGGACUGGGAUCCCAGUUGGAGCCUUUUGGGGAUCUGUGAGAAGGGGGAAGAUGGCCUAUCUCCUUGGAAUGGCUUGGAGCAAAGGAAGGACUGUCCCUUAGCUGUGCCAUGGUUUCACCCUAGCGUGCCACACUGGGCAUUGGCAGCUGCUUUGGAACACUGUCUUUUCUCCCUUCUAUGCACCCUCAAAGGCAUGCAGCAGAUGCAGAGGGUUCCAGCCGUGGCUUGUCGAAUCGAGGUUUUAGAUAAAGGAUAGGGUUGCCGGAAUACCCCACAUUCCUAUGAACAGAGCCUCUGUGAGGAGAGGGAGGAUGAGGUGUCCUUUGUUGUGAUUGGAGUUUGGAGUCAGAGCACCAAGCUGCCACCACGUGGAGCUUUGCCUCAGUUGUCUCCAGCAGCCGGGACCCUCUGGCAAACUUGCUUUCUCCCCGUGAGGAGGUUUGAGUCAGAGAGACAGACAGACGGGAGCGUGAGGUAGUUGGUAUAACUGCAUCUGCAGCCUUUUCUUACCCCACGUUGACCCUGUCUUCCUUCCCUGGCUUUUUAAACCGGACCAAAGAUGAAGGGACUUUGUGGACCCUCUUAUGACUUGGGGUGGGGAGGGCAGUUCCUUUGAAAGUUGCCAAAUGUAUUCUGUUAUAUCUAAGAGAGCUGUAAUUUCUGUGACUGUCUCUUGGAAAUGCCUUGAUGGAAUGUGCAAUAUCUGCGUCUCUUCUUGGUUUCUAACCUUGGCAAACCUGCCCCACAGCAGUGUCAGUGACUCCGCAGUGUCCCCAAUAGCGUCUGUGUGUUUGCUGGGCAGUUUGGGACCCCCUGCGUCUCUUGCCCACCCUCACCAUUACUUGUGUCUGUAGAUGCCGUGUUGCUGAGGGUCUAGUGCUUGUUUGGCCAGGGUGUGGCCAACCCCUCCUUUGGGCUGUGACCAAGAGCUUGUGUCGGCACUUUCUGUCUGAGGUUUUGAGUCUUGGUGAGUAGUCAUGGAAUGCAAAAAAGCUAGAGAAUCCUUAUUUUUCCCUAGACAACCGUCCCUGAUGCGGCAAAUGGUAGGGAGAAGGCCAGGCACUCCUGGGCACCUUCAAAGUUCAGAUUCUCUGUGCUCCACAGCUUGAGUGCUUACUAGGUGAGUCUGGGGCAGUAAUUUUUAGAAAUGACUGUAGACCAUGCCAAGUGUCUUUUGAGCUUAUGACCUGACUGUGCCCAGAUGGCUUAACUUUUCUCUAGGAUUCUCACUUUUUUCCUUAUUUCUCUGUAUCUGUAGAGUAACAUAGAUGUGUGCGUGCAGGGCUUUCUGCUGAUACAUUUAUGUCUAUAUACCGCCGUAAGUAUACAUGUCAGCGCCUCCAAAGUCUGGCGCGUGCCCAGUAUUUUUACAGCUGUAAAAUGUUAGAUGAACUCCCACCUGCAGUAAAAGCAGCCACCCCUUCAGAAGGAUUACAGGCAUCCAUCCUGUCAGAUCUUUCAGGGAAUAAAAAGAUUUGGAUGGAGUCAAGGAAAAGUAGAGACAGCAGGGAAAGCUGCUGUGAGCAGAGCAGGACAGAGGACUUGGGAAGUGGUGCCCUUUGGCCAAGUUGAAUGAGCAAUGUCAGAAUGGGAGGCAAAGCAGCUGAACUUGGGGCCUUGUGCCCGAUCAGCUUCAUUCAGGCUGUCCUGCUUCCUGGGGCAAGCCUGGAGGCCAGCACAGCCAGGGCUCCGGUCUGAGCCCCAGCUCUGUCACCAAGUGCAGGGGGAGGGCUGGAGGGCGGACAUCGGGCAAGUGCCUCCUGAGUGCACUGUUACCACAUUGCUCUUCUCAGAAUUGCACAGCUGGUCUAGGAAAAGGCUGCUGUUGAGCCGUGAGCCAGGCGCUCUGGGAAAUAGGAGUGGUGUUUCUGCUUUCGUGGAGGGAGGGUUGGUGUUCAUGAACUUUCCCUCCUCGCUGCAACCCAAUGACAGGUGAAUUGUUCCAGAGCUCCAGGAGUCUGAGGAUGAUUCAUUUAAGAUUUUUGGGAGAGAAUUUUACCCACACUCUUUACUGGUAUUCCAAGCUGGUAUUCCUGCUUGGAAGCCUUGUCCCCUUGGGAGAUUCUGGCUGAUCAGAGAAGUCUGCACCGUGGCUUGGGGCUGCCAUAUGACCAGUGACCCUCACUCUUCUGCUCAGUACUGCCAAGUAGGGAGUGUCCUGCCUUUUUCUCUGCCCCAGGUCUGAGACUACAGGUGAUGCCGGCCAGGCCCAGGAGCACCUGGUGUGCCCUGAGUGGUGACAAAGUAGCACUGUUUCUGUCUUUUUCCUUGGCAAUGAAGUGGGACCCAGCUCCUCUAGAGUGACUUGUUUCUGCACAGUUCUAACUGCUCUUGGGGGUGUGAGUGAGGUGGGGGUCCAUAGAGAUGCUGAGGGAGUAGGGCUAAGAGGACACCCACACCUUCCAGCACAGCCUUGGAUCCAGACCUUAGGGACGAGGCCUGUCACUUGUGGGUGCCCUUUGUUACUGUUCAUGUGUUUAUUGAGUAAAGUCUGAAGUGCUGUGACUUUUUUUGUCAAUAAAGAUAUGAAACAAACUUUGAA